AAACGGGCUCGAGUGGAUCGCUAUGUGGUCAUUUGCUCGACGCUCGUGCGACAACAAGAAUAACACGAGACUGUUCGGGAAAAAAUUCACGGAGUUAUCGCGGUAUUUACUUUACUGAAAACCGGUCGGCUUGGAUCGUUUUCUGUUUGAAGAACGACUACGUUCGAUAAAAUGAUCGCUUUGGCCGCGGUAGAUCGCUCGUCUUCCAGAGACGCCUCGAUACUCGACUAAAGCAGACGUUGAUACUGCCAAGCGUCGAUUGGCAUGUCGGAAUUACUUCGCACGUGAACUGUAAUUACCAGAUAUCGAUCGAAUCGUCAAACGUGAAUAACGUGUUGCUAAAAAAAAGUUCGAUUUAACCUGCAUUAUUUUAUUUAGGUACGAAAAUGUCAUCGGGGAAUAGUUUUCUAACACUUUCCUUGUUACUUGCGGUCCUCGUUUGCGCGACAGUUUCAGCAAAUCAACCUGCCAGAAUAUCGUGUUACUUCAGUAAUUGGGCCAUUUAUCGACCGGAUGUCGGUAGUUACGGAGUGGAUGAUGUUCCGGGUGAUCUUUGCACCCAUAUCAUUUACUCGUUUGUCGGUGUGAGCAAUGUCACUUGGGAGAUACUUAUCUUGGAUCCAGAACUGGAUCAAGAUAAAGGCAAUUUCUUGGCCUUCAACAACCUUAGAUCUAAGUAUCCUCAUCUGAAAACCUCCGUGGCUGUUGGUGGUUGGGGAGAGGGUGGCAGAAAGUACAGUGCCCUGGUCAGCGUGAAGGAAAGACGCGACAGCUUCAUCAAGAGCGUAGUUGAAUUUAUGCAUAAAUACGAGUUCGAUGGUUUCGAUCUCGAUUGGGAAUAUCCUGGCGCCUCUGACAGAGGUGGCAGAUUUUCCGACAAGGACAAGUUCUUCUACUUUGUCGAAGAAUUAAGACGUGCUUUUGACAAGGAAAACAAAGGAUGGGAGCUCACGAUGGCGGUACCAAUGGCAAAAUUCCGCCUAGACGAAGGAUAUCACGUGCCAGAAUUAUGCAAAAAUAUGGACGCCAUCCAUGUAAUGGCUUACGAUCUUCGUGGCAAUUGGGCUGGAUUUGCUGAUGUACACAGUCCACUUUAUCGUCGUCCACACGAUCAAUGGGCAUACGAAAAAUUAAAUGUGCACGAUGGCCUUCUGCUUUGGGAAGAAAAAGGCUGUCCCGCUAAGAAACUGGUUGUCGGCAUUCCGUUAUACGGACGUACGUUCACCCUCAGUCAAAGUAACAACAAUUACGAGCCAGGCACCUACAUUAACAAAGAAGCUGGAGGUGGUAAACCUGGAAAAUACACACAAGCUAAGGGAUUCCUUUCUUAUUACGAAAUCUGUACCAAUUUACAAGCUCCAGGCAGUAACUGGACUCAAAAAUUUGACGAUAUCGGCAAAGUACCAUACAUGUAUCAAGGUACACAAUGGGUUGGUUAUGAAAACGUGGAGAGCGUGAAAUAUAAGAUCGAUUUCAUCAAGGAAUCUCGAUACGCUGGUGCCAUGGUUUGGGCCAUUGACAUGGACGACUUUCAAGGACUUUGCGGUGACCGCAACCCUCUGAUGAAUGCCAUUAAUCAAGGUUUAGAAGGAUAUAUCGUGCCAGAUAAAGAUUUUCAUACCACUCCUACGCCUGACUGGGCAAAGCCACCAAGUACCACGUCGUCGGAUAAUAUUCAAACUACUCAAAGUACUCAAACUACUCAAUCUACUCGACCGCCUACAAGUCACGAACCUACAAAAGGACCUACUCAGAAGCCAAAGCUAACUUCUUCCACUACGGAAGAAACAAAUAAAUCCGAAACUACGCAACAGCCGAUAGACAAUGACGAAGCACAUAAAAUCAAUUGUGAAAACGAUAAUAAGUUCGUUCCAUCUAAAGAAUGUCACUCUUACUAUGAGUGUGUUCACGGAAUACCAAUAAAGUUCACGUGUCCCAACAAGUUAAUUUGGAACGGGAGGAAUAAUAUUUGCGAUUGGCCUCAAAAUGCUGAUAGAGAAGAGUGUAGAAGUCAAUAAAAUCCUACCAUUCCUUAAACUCGUCGGAAAAAAGGACCGACAAAUUCCAUCGUGAUAUUUCAAUGUGGACCAAAUAAUCAUUUCAUCUUGCUAACGAAUAUGUGAUACGCAACAAGUUACGACUAUUAUCUUAUUCGUUCAUUUAUCAUAAUCAUAUGUUGUAAGACUUGCCUAAUGAUGAAAAUUCAAUAAACAUCAUAUCAUUUAUAACAGAACUUUUAUAAUCCAA